UAAAAUGAUUGUCGGUGAGGCAGAGGUGACCUGAUUUUCAAAUCUCAAAUUGAAGAUCACGUUUUCGAUGCCAAUCUAAUCGAAAGCUUAGCAUUCGUGGCAAUAGAAUGCUAAAGAAGCAUCUCGAGUGCCUGGUAGAUACAAAAAAAAAAAAAAAAUGGCUCGAGUACUUUGAGUAUGAAUUCUUUUAAGCUAACGAAAAAAAGAAACUAAAAAAAUAGUUAUUAAUUUUGGAGUUUGCAAGCGUUAUCCUGACGGUCCUCCGCGUCAGGGACAAUAUAGAUUCCAAGAGAAAGCACCGUUCAAGGGUAGAAAAAUCAAUUUUGACACAAAGCCGAAAGGCGAAGCCGUCACCCAGUGACCCCGCCGUGUCUAGCGGAGCCAGGCACUGUUUAUAGAUUACCUGGCGCACACGGCGCGGUUGCUAUAGCCGUGGGUACGGUUCUCCACCUGUCCGCCACCUUUCGACGGCCCGAGGGAAUUCUCAAGGGCUGUAUCAACGGAGUCGAUCACGGUUAGCCACGCGGGCUGGGUGCUCCUGCGUCCACUUGGUAGCGUUGAAAAAUGGGACGACCCUCGUCGUCCUUGAGGAUACCUGAAAACACUCGACGGAGAUCCCACUCGGGCGUGGGUUGAUAAGCGGCGACGGUAUCGGAGUGGCAGCCGUGGAAGUGGACAAACGGUGGUUGGGAAACGAUUCGAGGACGCGGAAGAGGAUAAAGAGGGAUGUCUGAAUGGGUGGUGUCUGCUCGUGCCGAGGUCGCGAUAGCCAGGUCAACGCUGGCUCGAUCCUUGACCGUGUGAUCAGCCAGGCGAGCAACGAGGACCAAUGCCUCCUGUACCGAUUAGCCAAUUACAAGAAGGGCGGCGAGCUGAUAGAGUCGUAUAAUCUGGGCGGCCAGGCGGAAGUCGAAAAGUUGAUCAGAGAACAGUUCGGUGUACUGAUGUACGCCGACGGCAAGGGCCAGGCGAUCAACCGUGCCGAGUACCUCCGUUGGAAAUUCCGUGAUCUCGAGCAGGUCGUGCUGCCGAUAGAGGCUUCCUUAUCACGGUUCGACCCUUUGGCUCAAUGGAACGAUCACGAGGCAUGUUGGCAGAUGCAAUAUAGAGGUUCGCUCGGAGAGGCUCUUCUACAUGUUCUGAUUAUAUGCGAUACCAGGGUGCACACACGAGUAGCGCGUAUCCUGCUCAAGUGCUUUCCACGUUUGGCUAUUGACGUCGUCGAGGGCGAGGAAUACCUUGGCGCCAGUGCCCUCCACCUGGCGAUCGCGUACAACAAUAACGAACUCGUCCAAGACCUGGUCGAGGCGGGCGCGAUAAUUUCCCAACGCGCGAUCGGCAGUUUUUUCCUACCCAGGGACCAGCAGAGAAUGAAUCCUGCCAAGAACACGGAUUACGAAGGAUUAGCCUAUCUCGGCGAGUAUCCUCUCGCCUGGGCCGCCUGCUGCGCCAACGAAAGUGUGUAUAAUUUACUGCUCGACUCGGGCGCCGAUCCCGACGAACAGGACUCUUUUGGCAACAUGAUCCUGCAUAUGGUCGUAGUUUGCGAUAAAUUGGACAUGUUCGGGUAUGCCCUUCGUCAUCCGAAGCUUCCUGCUCGCAAUGGGAUCGUGAAUGCUGCCGGACUGACCCCGUUGACGCUCGCUUGCCAGCUGGGUCGCGCGGAGGUCUUUCGGGAGAUGUUGGAACUGUCUGCACGAGAAUUCUGGCGCUACAGUAAUAUCACCUGCUCGGCGUACCCCCUCAAUGCACUCGACACGCUGUUACCCGACGGCAGAACAAACUGGAACUCCGCGCUAUUUAUCAUUCUGAACGGCACGAAGGAGGAGCACUUGAACAUGCUGGACGGUGGUAUUAUUCAGCGAUUACUUGAGGAAAAAUGGAAGACCUUCGCGCGGUUACAGUUCCUGAAGCGGCUGAUAAUCCUGGCGUUUCACCUGACCUCGCUGUCCCUGGCCGUGUACAUGAGGCCUUCCGACAUGAACACCGACCUCCUGAAAUGGCCAGAGGAAAUAACGGACGCGGGCCGCACGAUAUCGGAGUGCAUCACCGUGAUAGGCGUGCUGAGCUACAUUCUGGUGCAACUAGGCGGCGAAAUCAUCAACAUCGGUCUGCUGUCGUUCAUGAAACAGUUGAGCCACGAGCCCGCCAAGCUCAUAUUCUUGAUUAGUAACCUGCUCAUACUCGCGUGCAUUCCGUGCCGUCUUGCUGGCGACAGGCACAUGGAAGACGCGAUAUUGGUGGUCGCUGUCCCCUGUUCGUGGUUUCUACUCAUGUUCUUCGCUGGCGCUAUCCGGCUGACCGGUCCAUUCGUAACCAUGGUCUACAGCAUGAUAACCGGGGACAUGUUGACUUUCGGGAUAAUCUACAUGGUGGUGCUGUUCGGGUUUUGCCAGUCGUUCUACUUUUUGUACAAAGGCUUCCCGGGAGUGAAAUCAUCCCUCUAUAAUUCCUAUCACUCGACCUGGAUGGCACUGUUUCAGAUAACCCUCGGCGAUUAUAACUACACGGACCUCGGCUACACGACCUACCCCAAUCUGGCCAAGACGGUGUUCGCGAUAUUCAUGGUCCUGGUGCCAAUACUGCUCCUAAACAUGCUGAUCGCCAUGAUGGGCAACACCUACGCCCACGUCAUCGAGCAGAGCGAGAAGGAAUGGGUGAAACAAUGGGCCAAAAUCGUGGUCUCCCUGGAGCGCGCGGUAUCGCAGAAAGACGCGCAGAACUAUUUGCAGGAAUACAGUAUCAAGCUGGGUCCCGGCGACGACCCGAACAACCCUGCCUCCGAGCAGCGAGGAGUCCUGGUUAUUAAAAGUAAAUCGAAAACCAAGGCGAAGCAACGCAAAGGCGCCGUGGUGAAUUGGAAGCGCGUUGGGAAAGUAACGAUAAAUGAGUUGAGGAAACGUGGCAUGACCGGCGAGGAGCUGCGACGAAUAAUGUGGGGACGUGCGUCUUUCUCCACGCCUGUGAGAGUCAGAAACGUGGAUCAACCAGAAGUCUCUGCGGUGACAGCUGGUUUUGGGGGUGCUUUGACUACAGCUCUGGACAUGAUGGCUUUCGCCCAUGAUAUAGACUUGACCACCGCCACGGAAGGAAUUCCAACCAAUAUCGAACCGAAACCAUCGAAGCCAAAGACUUCGAACGAUCAAACAAAAGUAGCAUCUAAUAAUCAGGACAGAGUGUCGACAACCGUUCAACCCCCGGAGGAUCCACCCAAGGUGAUCGUGAACAAGGAACAAAAUGGUCGAAGUGAUCUAAACCCGAAGCCAAGCGAGCCUGUGAACGUGCAGAAAAUGAACCAAAAGAAUGCAAGUCAUACUACCGCUGAGGAUAUCAAUGAUCCUCUUUUGGACCUCGUGAUUGCUUCUGAAAAUACGAUUGAUCCUGAAAUUCUAAAAAAAAUGGCGGAACGUGUCCUGGCAAGCGCCGAGACCUCAGCAAGCUCUAAAGUAAAUCUAAACAUUUUGGAACAAUUUACCAUGACCAAAAUACCCGUGGAGGAGCAGACCACGGUCGUCAAAAAGCAAUAUUUCGUCGAAUCCAGCGACAACGACUUUGGCGGCGACAACCUGCUCGGAACCGAGGCACGUCUUCGCAGAAUAAGAUCAGCGAACAACAGAUUUAUCACGACACGAAGACGUUCACGGCACGGCGACGACGAGCUGUCGUCCACGUCUUCCACAUCCGUCGACGGAAAUCCUCGAUACCAGCCGUUGCUCAACGAUCCCGAAGUGAACCCGUCGAACCGUCAAAUUGAAGGUCGUGCCGGGUCCGCCGAAACAAUUAAAUCCCAAGUAAACCAGAACGGAGCUUCCAGCAAAGUUCAUAAGCGUCGCCCCAAAACGGCCAGAAACAGGGUAUCGCCCAAGGAAAUAGAGGAGCCUGCACCGAGGAGAAGAGAAUCGAUCGAGCGGAAUAAGGCGGUUUCGCCACCGACGUCGCCCACGGAUCCGCUCGAGCCAUGGAGCACACGUGACAUUAAGGACAUGAACACGAUAUUGGCUUGGGAGGAAAAUCUGCCGGACAGUCCUUAACGAAACUUUACGAUAUUAUGCGCAAGCCCUGGCUCGCCCCGGUUCAGCGGAAAUGAAGUGGAACUUGGAAGCUGGGGGCUCGAGGAAUCUGUAACUGGAAAUUGUCGCAUCACGUUCGGGUUUUUGGAGGAUUUGGGGAGAAUUAGCGGAGCUGCGUUUGACUCGCGAGAGGUCCCGGAGGUGGGCAGACUUGAUUCCGAGUGUAAAGGGUCCGUCAAAGGUGUCUUCAACAUCUGUUAUAUUCAAUUGCAAUCGAGCAUGAUUUUAUUAAAAUUGAAAAGGUUGGAUAUAUGUUACGUACCACUUGAGUUUUAUUGAAGAAGAAUAUCUUGAAAGCUACGGUGAGUAAAUCGAGUCAGUCAAUAAUACAUUAUAUGUUUACAUUUAUUUUUUAUUGCGCAGUAUUUACUAUAACAAUGUAGUUUGGAGUUGCAUUUGGCCAUCAUCUUUGGAAUAAAAGCGCCAGAUUUAUUCGCGGGAAGAAAAACAAGUGAAUUAUUCAGUCUCCCGCGGAGUAAGCGACAGAUUCGUUUGUUUUUAUUCCUGAGAAUAAAUCUGGAAUUUUUAUGCUUCAUUCGGGGUAACGUUUGCCCAAGCUCUGAUACAUGUGCCUAGGACGAGGUCAGAUGAAUUUGCCAAUUUCGUUCAGGGUAAAAAAAUUCCAUUUAUUUGAAAAUCCUUUGAUACAUCUUGAACUUUGUGUUUUUAUCAACAGUUCGACCCACAUGGGUGUAUGCAGCCCCUUGACGUUUCAAGUUGUGUUUUUACGACCCGUAUAGUGUUCUCUCAAACUUUUAUAAAUCUUCGAAUAUCGCCAUAAAGUUUAAGGACGUAACUUUAAGGUCUCCAGCCUUUAGAAAAUGUAAUUAAUAAAAGAAGUCGAUUUUUCAUCCAAGCAAACCAGAUCCCAGCCUCGUAUUCAUAAAAUAUCUUUGCUCAAUAUUUAAUAACAAUACCUUCUUCUUCCAGUUCUCCAAAGUUUGUCUUCGAGUGGAUUUUCUAAAGUGCCAGAAAACACGAAAAUGAAAACUCUAUAAUCCAACUCUAAUUUACUGACGAUUUUCAUAUCGUCACACCUGGCGAAAGCAAUAUUUAAAUAAGGGUUUGGGUGGUGAAACCUCGGCCACAAUGGACGAUUCUUAAAUGCCUUUGCGUAAUUAGAUCUUAUGCAAAUACGCCAUUUGGAGCUUUUCAAAUUACGUUUCAAACAUUUUUCUGUGUCGUCAGGAACGAAAGAGAUAAUUAGGUUUUCCCUUCCCUUGGUACGUCGUAUCCGAAUCCAACGUAUUAUGCUUUUACGUGUUCGAAUAUUAUAAAGAUACUCCCAGACAUGUACCAGAUCUGCAGGUAGUUAAUUAUGUAAACGUAGCUGGUUGAAUUUGUUUAGAGACUCGCUCGUCUUUAAUUUAAGAAAAUAUCUUCCUGUUUAUUUAUUUAUACUUUCGUUAUCCGUCUUCCUCUACUUUCUGCAGACAGACGAUACUUAAAUAUUUAAUCAAAAUUUGCGUGCGCAUCGAUCGAUACAUCGCUUAACCCUUCGAAAAUUUCACGUUAAGCCUCUUACAAUCAAAACGUUCGCAGACUAAAUAAAAGUUGCACUGAUUACUUGAUUUUUUCUGUGUGUUUCGGAGAGGAAGAAAAAAAUUAUCAACAGGACUCGAUGAAUACACGUGCUCGUGUUUCGAGAGUUACCAUAGUAAUCACAGUUGGCUCCAUUUUAUUUCUAUUUUUACAUGCGUGCGCCUUUUUUUGCGACAUAUAAAAAAGUGGUAGGACCACAGUGAUUGCUCGGUUUCAAACUGCUCCAUCAGCAAAGGGUUAAUAACACUAGAGCGUAACCCCGACGGUUUCGAAAUCGAUUUUCACCGAAACGAAGCUUUGUAUGGGAAAACGUUAUUGUACGUUUUGGGUUUACUCUUGCAUUUUCAGACACUUUGUACAUAAAUAA